AUGCGAGAUCCAAAUGGAGUGAAUAAAGGAUAUGGAUUUGUUGCAUAUACAAAUCCGGAGGACGCAAAUCGGGCUGUAUCCGCACUGGUCGCGAUCCUAGCGUUGUUGAGUAGGACUUACGAGAUUAUUCCACCGGUGAAUUGGGGGAUUCGGAUUGUGCCGGAGAAGAAGGCGUUUGUGAUUGAGCGAUUCGGGAAGUACGUUAAGACUCUUCCCUCUGGAAUCCAUUUUUUGAUUCCUUUCGUUGAUCGUAUCGCUUAUGUACAUUCGCUCAAGGAGGAGGCUAUUAACAUUCCCGACCAGAGUGCUAUUACCAAGGACAAUGUCACCAUCCUCAUCGAUGGAGUGCUUUAUGUCAAGAUUGUGGAUCCUAAGCUGGCGUCUUAUGGGGUGGAGAAUCCCAUUUAUGCUGUCAUUCAACUGGCACAAACAACAAUGCGUAGUGAGCUUGGUAAGAUUACUCUUGACAAGACUUUUGAGGAAAGGGACACACUCAAUGAAAAGAUUGUGGAGGCCAUUAAUGUGGCUGCCAAAAGUUGGGGUCUGGAGUGCCUUCGAUAUGAAAUAAGGGAUAUCUCUCCUCCACGUGGAGUGAGAGCAGCUAUGGAGAUGCAAGCAGAGGCAGAAAGAAAAACGAGAGCUCAAGUUCUUGAAUCUGAAGGAGAAAGACAGGCACACAUAAACAUUGCCGAUGGAAAGAAGAGUUCAGUGAUCUUAGCAUCAGAAGAUACGAGGAUGGAUCAAGUUAACAGAGCCCAAGGUGAGGCUGAAGCCAUCCUAGCUAAAGCAAAAGCAACAGCUGAGGGACUGGCUCAUGUGUCAGCAUCCCUAAAAGAAAAUCGAGGACCAGAGGCAGCUAGUUUAAGGAUUGCAGAGCAAUAUAUUCAAGCUUUCAGUAAUAUAGCCAAGGAGGUACAAUUUUCACAAAUGAGGAUUGCUGAGAUGAGACCACAAUUUUCACUAGGUGCACCACCUCGAAUUCUAACGUACCCUACGAGGCCUCCUGAGAUGACACCACAAUUAUUGUAUGGGCAAACACAUCGAGCAAUCAUAACUCAAACUGCAUUUGGUUUCCAGCAACAGUUUUUUGGUGGAGGGACGGGUCCAGCGCCAGUCUUCUAUCCAGUUCUUCUGCCGCCGCCCAGAGGACCCCAAGAAGCAGGUCCUAUGCGAUUGCCAAUUUUACCCCAACAGGUCUUAUUCUGCAUUCCAUUGGUGAUUCCUUUGUAUUUUCCGUUCUCUAUUGCUGAUGUGGAUACUUGUUGCUGUGGUUUUCAGAUGGGUCCAAGGGGACCUAUUUAUCAUAAUCCUCCUCCUGCCCCCAAUGCUCAAAAUAUUCGUCCGGAACCGAAAGGAACAGCUGAAGAAAUGCCCCCUUUUAUUGGCACUGGUCAGCCAAUCCCAAUUCAGGCCCUGGCAGCAGCCGUUGCCAAUGCUACUACUCCUGAUCAGCAGAGGAUUCUGCUUGGGGAAACUUUAUUCCCGUUAGUAGAAAAGCUGGUGCGUGAUGCAGCACCAAAGGUUACUGGUAUGCUUUUGGAGAUGGACCAUGCUGAGGUAUUACAUCUGAUUGAGUCACCAGAUGCUCUCGACACAAAAGUUACUGACGCCAUGUAUUUGUUGAGAAAAUUUGAA